AAGAGAUAAAGGCUUCAUUGUACUCUUAUGCAUGUUCUCUCCUUUUAGUUUCAAUUGUACGGUACUUGCGAGUGGUUAAUUUUAUAAUUACGUGUGUUUUUAAUUAAUUUAUUAGUAAUGUGUAUAACUCUACAUGGGAGUUGCGCUAAAAUCGCUCUUAUCAGCGCCGCGUGUGUAUUAUUCACUUGGGAAUCUUUAGCGGAGGCCAUUUGUGCCCCUAGUACGCAAUAUCAGUGCCAUGCUAGCAAAGAAUGCAUUCCGAUAUCUAAGAGAUGUGAUGACUUCAAUGAUUGUAUCGAUGAAUCAGAUGAAUGGGAUUGUGAUAUAUAUCGAUGUGAAAAGCCAUAUUGGUUCCGUUGCAAAAACAAGGAAUGCAUAAGUCAAUCGUACAUAUGCGAUGACGAGAAUGAUUGCGGCGAUUUUUCCGACGAAGAAAAUUGUACACCGAACAAGAACAUUUCGCAAUUACACACGUCGGACGAUUGCGGUAAAGGCAAGUGGCAAUGCUCGGAUCGUUUGUGCAUACUGGAUGACUGGGUGUGUAAUGGUAAAGAAGAUUGCUUGGAUGGAUCCGAUGAGACGGUGGGGUGUGAGCAUGCUAAGUGUACUGGUUUUAAAUGUAAAAGUGGCCAAUGUAUCUACAAGGAGUGGCAUUGCGAUGGUUAUAAGGACUGUAAAGAUGGAAGCGAUGAGAUUAAUUGCGGUGUUCAUCUAAAACCGUCUCAGUGCGAUCUCGGCAAAGGGCUGACGUUUUGUAACGGUACCUGUAUAACCUUGAACGUAUUCUGUGAUAGAUCAACGCAAUGCUCUGAUGUUGAUGAUAAAUCUGUCUUAUGUAUGAAGACUGACGCAACCUGCCAAAGUUUAUCCUGUCAGUAUGAGUGCGUAAUGACAUCAUUAGGGGCCAAAUGUGUUUGUCCAGAAGGAUACAGUUUGAGUAGUAAUCACUUAAACUGUACGGAAGUAAAUGAAUGUGAUAUUUACGGUAUAUGUGAUCAAAAAUGUGAAAACACUCCCGGUUCGUACAAGUGUUUUUGUGACCAAUAUUACGAGUUAGAGGCCGAUAACAGAACCUGCAGAGUUCGAGAUGGAGAACCGCUUAUGAUCUUCAGUUCUAAAACCGAAAUUCGCGGCUACUAUCUCGAUUCUGAGCUCUAUUUCCCCAUUGUAAAAAAUCUAUCUCAAGCCAUUGGCGUUGCGUUUGACGGACGGUACGUUUAUUGGACGGAAAUAAUGGCCGGGCACGAAAGUAUAGUUAGGUCGUUGUUGGACGGUUCUCAUAAGCAAGUUUUGAUUUCAUCCGGUCUUGAUACUCCCGAAGAUUUGGCAGUUGAUUGGAUGACCGGAAACAUUUACUUUACCGACGCCGAGUUGAAGCACAUUGGAGUUUGUACUAACGACGGAAUGUACUGCACAGUGCUAGUUAACCAAGACGUUCAAAAUCCGCGAUCAAUAGUACUUUAUCCAGAAAAAGGAAUCAUGUACUGGACGGACUGGGGAAAACGGCCGGAAAUUGCACGAGCCAAAAUGGAUGGGACUGAUGACAUUUCCUUUGUCGCAAAUGGAAUUUACUGGCCAAAUGGACUUGCUAUCGAUAUUCCUAAUGAACGACUGUAUUGGGUUGACGCAAAAAUUAUGACUCUUCAAAGCAUCAAGCUUGAUGGCACCGGCCGACGCGUGAUACUAGAAAGGAUAGUGAAACACCCGUACGCGCUGGCGGUCUUUGGAAACCAAGUAUACUGGUCUGAUUGGUCAUCCAACACCAUAGAGUCAUGCGAAAAGUUCACAGGAAAGAAUCACAAUGUUAUUAUUAAACAAAAAGAGAAUAUUUAUGGAGUGCACAUUUAUCAUCCCGUAGCACAACCCAUGUCGAGAAAUCCAUGCGCUUUAAAGUCAUGCAGUCAUAUAUGCCUUCUUAGCGGAAGCCACUACACUUGCGCAUGUCCAGAGAAUAAAAUGCUUGGUUAUGACAAACACACUUGCAGAGCCGCUGCCAAAGACCAAAUGCUGGUCAUAUCAACCAACACCACCUUGAUGACAAUCCUCUACCAAGAAAUGGGCAAACAUAACUUGACGAUAUCUCCCGUUAAAAUACGCAACAUUACAGCCUUAACAUACAACAGUAAUAAUAAUAUUUUGUUUGCGAGCGAAGCUCAUACUCGUACAAUAAUUGCCGUCGAUUUGCAAAAUGGCCUGAGAGAAAACGUAAUGCAUCCAAGGAGCGUUGAUUACAUUUCGUCAAUGGAUUUUGAUCCGAUAGGCAAUAACAUUUAUUGGUGCGAUUCAGUUCGAUCGACCGUCGAAGUAUUAAACCUGAACAGCAUGUCCAGAGCGAUUUUGCUCAGCGAUAUGGCAGAUGAAACUCCAACGUCUAUAUCGCUUGUACCUAACGAAGGAGUUAUGUUCGUGGCGUUCCAGCAUCCCAAUCAUCUAGCACAUAUUGACCGGAUGAACAUGGAUGGUACCAACAGAGUGCACAUUCAGGAAGAACAUUUAAUGGGGCCGAUAAAUUUAUUAUACGAUGCCACGCUCAACCGGAUAUUUUGGGCAGAUUCUGGCAAUGGCGUUAUGGAAAGUACUAGCGUUGAAGGUGACGACAGGCACGGUUUCCAAUCGCCACAUCAGCCUAUAAUUACCUUUGCUUCUUUAAACAAAAAUAUAUUUUGGACAACUGAAAAUUCGAGGAAAUUGUUUUGGGCGGAUAAGAUGAACGCGAAUGAUAACAUCAAGACGCUGGACGUUGAUGCACCGGAUAAAAUAACGCACAUCCUGUCUAUAAUUCCACGCAAAGUCAAUCCUCAUCCUUGUCUCCUAGACAACGGAAACUGCUCUCAUGUUUGCAUACCAAACUUCAAAUCCGCCAUUUGUCUGUGCCCAUACGGUUUAAAGCUACAGUCCGAUCGGAAGACGUGCCUAAAAUCGACAUAUUGUGAACUGUACGAAUUCUACUGCCCCCAAUCCGACCUAUGCAUUCCGCGCGAAAAGCGUUGCGACAAACACAGGGACUGCGUGUUUGGAGAGGACGAAAGAAAUUGCACCUUCCAUAGAGCUUGCACGUUAGGUGAAUAUCAGUGCAGAAAUAAAGAGUGUAUUAAGAAAGAGCUGGUGUGCAACGCAAACAAUGAUUGCGCUGAUAAAUCGGACGAAGAGAAUUGCUCUACCGAUAUCAACGCCGUAAGCUGUCCUGCAAACAAUUUCCGAUGCUCCAAUGGAGUUUGCAUAGAUAAGAAGUAUGUAUGUGAUACCCGCAAAAAUUGCGAGGACGGAGGCGAUGAAGAAAAUUGCAAAGAUUUUGAGUGUAGGUUGGAUCAAUUUAAAUGCGCUUCGGGAGCGUGUAUUCCAAAAAGAUGGAUGUGCGAUCAAGAAUAUGACUGUCCGGAUAAAAGCGACGAGCACGCGAACUGUAAUGGUGAUGAAUGCGCCUCUCCAAACUUUAGAUGUGAUAAUGGUCUAUGCAUUGAAAGUAUGCUCAGGUGCAAUAAGCAAAACGACUGUGGAGAUUUCUCCGAUGAGGAGUCGUGUGAGAAUGUAGAGCUGAAGGAAAUGUGCAAUUUAAACGAAUUCCACUGUGUUGGAAACAAAACGUGCCUGCCCCUUCGAGUGCGUUGUAAUGGUGUCCAAGACUGUCCGCGUGGCGAAGACGAGCAAAAUUGCACUAAGUGUCAAACGAACGAAUUCGAGUGUAACAAUCGCCACUGCAUCCAUUCGCAAUGGUUGUGCGAUCACACUGACGACUGCGGCGAUGGAUCUGACGAAGCCGUUAAUGUUUGUGCCCAUAUUUUGGAUUCCUUCGAAGAUAAAUCUCUCACUACCUGUGGCAAUAAGUAUCAGUGCAAAAACGGAAAAUGCAUCGAAAGGUCUUUGGUUUGCAACGACGCGAAUGAUUGCGAUGACGGUUCGGACGAGAAUGGCGCCUGUUCAUCGUCCUGUUUAAAGGAUAGCAAUCCUUGUUCUCAAAUUUGUCGCAGAACGCCCGCCGGUCCACAGUGCGAGUGUGGUGAAGGAUUUAAGUUACGAGGAGAUGGACGUACUUGUUCUGAUUUAGCUGAAUGUUCUCUUGAACCCCCUGUGUGUAGUCAGAUUUGUCACGAAGCCCAUGGGUCAUACAAAUGCAGUUGUCACAGUGGAUUUGUUCUAAGAUCUGACAUGACUUCAUGUAAAAGCGAAGGCGAGACGGUGUCCUUUAUAUUUGCAUCACCAAACGAAAUUUUCCAACUUUUACCCAAAACCUACACAUUGCGACUUCUCUACGCUCAAGAUGAACAUGACAUUACCGGUUUAGAUGUGUCCGUAGAACAAGAAUAUAUAUAUUUCAGCACGGAAUCGAGAGGAAUGUUGCAUAGAUUUAUUGUAGAAACGGGCACCAUCGAAGACAUCGGAGACGUUGGAAAACCGGGAAGACUAUCGGUCGAUUGGUUAACGCAGAAUGUGUAUUACGUGGACAAUUCAUUCCCGAACAACGCGAUUAGAAUGUGCAACUUCUUGAAAAAAUCGUGCGCGCAUAUCAUCGAUACCGGAAUUAACAACAACGUUUCGUCGUUAAUUGUCGACGGAGUAAAUAAACAUUUAUUUUACGCGACUCAUAGCGUGCAGAUCUUGGGAUGGUAUGGUACAUUUGUCUACAGAUGUAAUUUGGAUGGGUCGCAGUUGCAGAAAUUAGUCAAAACGGAUUCAGUACUGAUCACGGGAUUAAACUUUAAUCCGUAUACUCAAACACUAUUUUAUAUUCAUAGCUCAGGGAACGUUUUCAAAAGUUCAUACGAUGGAAAAAACGAAUUGAGAAUUGUUACUAACCUUACAAAUCCGUCGACGUUAUCAAUAUUUGAGGAUCAUAUUUAUUUUUAUACACCCAUCGGUUAUGUCACAAGAUGUCCUUUAUACAUUAAUUAUCAAGCAUGCAUUAGCUUUAAGAUACACAAUAGUUUUAGUAGUUUGUUUGUUUUAAAUGAAAAUUCUAUGCAACCGCAAGUACCAGACGUCUGUGGUGGCGUUUGUAGAAGUUUGUGUGUUCCAAAAAAUAACACACCCCAAUGCAUAUGUGACCCAAACUGGAACGGAGUUGAUCACCAGUGCCAAGCAGUGAAGAUAAACUCCGUAGAAUACGUCCUCGCAAAUCACAUGAAUGAUGGAAACGCCAAAAGUGGUAGCAAGAGUGCAGUCAUUGUUAUUGUUGUUGUGGUUAUUCUGGCGGUACUAUCCAGCACUGCAUACUUUUACAUCCAGAGGAAACAGUCCGGUAGUUUUAGCAUCAGCAUGCGGUUCCAAAAUCCGAUGUAUGGUUGUCAGCCCCACGAAGUUCCCUCUCAAGUGAUUCUAAAUCCGAGCGAACACGAAUUCUACAACCCUCUGGAUACGCACACAAACCAAUUGAAACAAAAUGAAAUACUUUCUAAUAAACUAUUCUCGUAAUAAUUUAUAAAUAUAGGGUACAUUUUUAAUUGUUAUAUUUGUUAUUGUUGUACGGCUGCUAAAAUAAAUGUUUGUGUUACAAA